GCUUAGAUUGCCUGGCGGCCGGAAGUAGCUUGCAGUCCAGUCGGGGCCGGUCGGUGAAGCAGUGUGAACAACCAUGUCAUCAGAAUCCAGCAAAAAACGGAAGCCCAAAGUGAUCCGAAGUGAUGGAGCUCCAGCUGAAGGAAAGCGGAAUCGAUCUGACACAGAGCAGGAAGGUAAAUACUAUAGCGAGGAGGCUGAGGUGGACCUGCGGGACCCUGGCAGAGACUAUGAGCUGUAUAAGUACACGUGCCAGGAGCUACAGAGGCUGAUGGCCGAGAUCCAGGAUCUGAAGAGCCGGGGUGGCAAGGAUAUGGCAAUUGAAAUUGAAGAACGAAGGAUCCAAAGCUGUGUACAUUUCAUGACUCUAAAGAAGCUUAACCGAUUAGCCCACAUAAGGUUGAAGAAAGGAAGGGAUCAGACCCAUGAGGCUAAGCAGAAAGUAGACGCCUAUCACCUGCAACUACAGAACCUGCUGUAUGAGGUGAUGCACCUGCAGAAGGAGAUCACCAAAUGUCUGGAAUUUAAGUCAAAGCAUGAAGAAAUAGAUCUGGUCAGUUUAGAGGAAUUUUAUAAGGAGGCUCCACCAGACAUCAGCAAAGCUGAAGUCACCAUGGGAGACCCUCAUCAGCAGACCUUAGCACGACUGGACUGGGAAUUGGAGCAACGGAAAAGGCUGGCGGAGAAGUACCGAGAGUGCCUGUCCAACAAGGAGAAAAUCCUUAAGGAGAUUGAGGUGAAGAAGGAAUACCUGAGCAGCCUCCAGCCUCGCCUCAACAGCAUCAUGCAGGCUUCCCUUCCGGUGCAGGAGUACUUGUUCAUGCCAUUUGACCAGGCUCACAAGCAAUACGAGACAGCUAGGCACUUGCCACCUCCCCUCUACGUGCUCUUUGUCCAGGCUACUGCAUAUGGGCAGGCCUGUGCUCAUAUGAAAUCCUCCUCCCAGCCCCCUAGACAGGAUAAGACAUUGUCUGUGGCUAUCGAAGGCAGUGUGGACGAAGCCAAGGCUCUAUUCAAGCCUCCUGAGGACUCCCAAGAUGACGAGAGUGACUCGGAUGCUGAGGAGGAGCAGACCACGAAACGGCGUCGACCCACAUUGGGGGUUCAGUUGGAUGACAAGCGCAAGGAGAUGCUAAAGAGACACCCGCUGUCCGUCCUGCUUGACCUCAAGUGCAAAGAUGACAGCGUGCUUCACCUGACUUUCUACUACCUCAUGAACCUCAACAUCAUGACAGUGAAAGCCAAAGUGACAACUGCCACAGAGCUGAUCACCCCCAUCAGUGCAGGGGACUUGCUAUCUCCUGACUCCGUCCUGAGCUGUUUGUAUCCUGGAGAUCAUGGAAAGAAAACUCCAAAUCCAGCCAAUCAGUAUCAGUUUGAUAAAGUUGGCAUCCUGACUUUGAGAGACUAUGUACUUGAUUUGGGUCACCCCUAUUUGUGGGUACAGAAGCUGGGUGGCCUCCACUUCCCCAAAGAGCAGCCCCAGCACACGGUGAUUGCUGACCACUCACUGAGUGCCAGCCACAUGGAAACCACGAUGAAACUGCUGAAGACCAGGGUACAGUCCCGUUUGGCCCUCCACAAACAGUUUGCAUCCCUGGAACAUGGCAUUGUGCCAGUUACCAGCGAUUGCCAGUAUCUCUUCCCUGCCAAGGUUGUGUCUCGCCUGGUGAAGUGGGUGACAAUUGCUCAUGAGGAUUACAUGGAUCUGCAUUUUACCAAAGACAUUGUAGAGGCAGGACUGGCUGGGGACACCAAUCUCUACUACAUGGCGCUUGUUGAAAGGGGCACAGCCAAACUCCAGGCUGCUGUGGUGUUGAACCCUGGCUACUCUUCCAUCCCACCCAUUUUCCAGCUCUGUCUGAACUGGAAAGGGGAGAAAACCAACAGCAAUGAUGACAACAUUCGGGCCAUGGAGAGCGAGGUCAAUGUGUGCUACAAGGAGCUGUGCGGUCCCCGGCCCAGCCACCAGCUCUUAACCAACCAACUGCAGCGGCUGUGCGUGCUGUUGGAUGUCUACCUGGAGACAGAGAGUCACGAUGACAGUGUGGAGGGGCCCAAGGAAUUUCCUCAGGAGAAGAUGUGUUUGCGGCUUUUCAGGGGUCCAAGCAGGAUGAAGCCGUUUAAAUAUAACCAUCCUCAAGGAUUCUUCAGCCAUCGCUGACCUGCUACUCUGCCUGUUGCUGCCCGGAGUAUUAGGCCUCUGCUUUCUGCUUUGGCCACAUGUGGCUCUUGAUAGUUUCUGGAGAUACUAGGUUAUUAAAGUGUCACCUGACCAAACA